UGCCAACACGGAAGAGGUGGAAGGCCCCCUCAAUCCAAAGUGUUGUGUCAAUGGAUACGAUGAGGAUCACCGGCGAAUUAGAAAAGGUAAGAUCUUAGGGUUUCGAAGUGCACAUGAUAAUUUGUUAUCCUUUUUCUCCGGCGAGUUCGGCUGCCGACAACGGCGGCGUUGCCUAAUAUUACGCUCGACGUUUUUCGGAGUUCGAAUUACCGAGCUUUGAUAGUUUUAUUUGCAAGAACUUAGACGAAUUGAGAUUGGAGAGGAGAAAUUUUCGAUUUUGAGCAUGCAUGGAUUAUGCUUGAAAAGUUGCUGAAGAUGUUCCACUCGUCCUCUUCUGACUCCUUUCAUGCCCAACUUUUCAAGAGCUAGGCUUCCUAAUCUGUACUUGAGUUCUGCUGAUCAUCUGUCAAACCAGGAAGAGGCAUUGCGUCAUGUCUGCACAGGCGAUUUUAGCCAUUUGCCAGUUUGGUGGAGAUUUUAUGACCAACAGUGAUGGAUCUAUGUCUUAUAGUGGUGGAGAAGCGCAUGUUAUUGACAUUUACCGAAGCAUGCACUUCCACGAACUUGUAACGGAGAUAUCCGACAUGUUUAACUGCAAUAUGGAUAUGUAUUCCAUCAAAUACUUUCUUCAGAACAACAAACGUGUUCUGAUUACAAUAUCAAAUGACAAAGACUUAAGAAGAAUGGUUGAUUACAAUUCAGAUUCUACAGUUGAUGUUUAUAUUCUGAAGAAGGUGGAGAACAGGAUAAUUAGGAGUGUUGUAGCUGAUUCAGGAACCUCAACUGAUGUAAUUACUGCUGUGGAAGGUGAUGUCACUCCUUACUCCGACAAUCGACUACGAAUAACAAAUGGUUGGGACAAUUUGAUCAUGGGCGUGGGGCAGGCUUUUGAUAGUUCAAAGGAAUUCCGAGAAGUGCUGCACAAAUAUGCCAUUGCCAAAGGUUUUGUGUACAAAUUUAUUAAGAGCGAAGGACCUCGUGUCACUGUUGUGUGCUCUGCAAAGGAUUGUCCCUGGCGGAUACAUGCUUCAAAGUCAUCUGCAAAUCAAGAUUUUACAAUCAAGAAGAUGAAUGAUAUCCACACAUGUGAAAGGGAAAAUAGCAAACAGAGUCAUAGGUUGGCAACACAGAGCUGGGUUGCCAGCGUUAUAAAGGAGAAGCUUCGGGACACUCCCGAUUAUAAGCCAAGGGACAUUGCAAAUGAUCUUGAGCGUGAGUAUGGACUGAGAUUGAGUUACCAUAGGGCAUGGCGUGGAAAAGCUAUUGCUGAGAAAGAGCUCCAUGGUUCUGAAGAGCAGGCUGGAAGCGAACUGCUCUGGCUAUGUGAGAAGAUUAUUGAAACAAACCCAGGCAGCUUUGCUACCUUACAAGCAUCAGAUGAUUCAAAAUUUAUGCGUCUUUUCUUAUCCUUUCAUGCAUCCCUAAAUGGUUUUGAACAUGGUUGCCGCCCCCUCCUUUUUCUUGACGGUAUCACACUCAAAGCUGUCAAACGAUGGAAAUUGUUAACAGCAACUACUGUUGACGGAGAAAAUGACAUAUUUCCAGUUGCCAUGGCUGUUGUUGAUACUGAAACUGAUGAAAACUGGCACUGGUUCUUGUUACAGCUGAAAUCAGCUAUAGGUAUGUCCCGUACCAUCACCUUUGUGUCCAAUAGACAAAAUGGGUUGGAAGAGUUAGUGUCGCAGGUCUUUCAGGGGUGCUUUCAUGGUUAUUGUAUUAAUAACCUCAUUCAGGAAUUCAAGGCAGAAUUUGAUGAUUCCUGGCCACAAGAACUAAAGGAUGAGAUGGUGGAUAAUCUCAUUCAUGCUGUUUGUGCAUGCAAGGUUGAUGAAUUCAACGAGUGCAUAAAGAUUAUAAAGGCAGCUUCGCAAGAACUAGCAGAGUGGGUUUUGUCCAUGAAACCAGAACUCUGGUCCGACGUCUUCUUUAAAGGUCUGCGAUAUGGCCAGUACUCAUCAUGUGCUGUUCAAAUAUUCAAUGAGUGGAUAUCUUCAAGACAAGAGCCUUCAGUGUUGCAGAUGAUUGAUAUGAUCCGGUGCAAAAUAAUGGAACUGAUAUAUAAACGGCAUGAAUCUUCAAACACUUGGACUGAGACGAUGCUAACACCUUGUAUGAGUCGAAAGGUUGAGGAAGAACUAUCCAAAACACGAAAUUGCAAUGUCAUCUGCCCACGUGGCAGUGUAUUCGAGGUGAAGGAUGAGAUGAACUAUGUUGUUGAUAUGGAAACCUGGGAAUGUACAUGCCGGAGGUGGCAGGUCAGCGGUCUGCCCUGCUCACAUACCCUUGCUGUCAUCCAACGGUCUGGUUGGUGUAUAUAUGAUUUCUGCUCCAAAUACUUGACUGUAGACUGCUACCGUCAGGCUUACAUGAUUUCCAUUAACCCAAUAGCUGAUCCAGUUCAUUCGGUAUCUUUGGUUCCUUUUCGAGCCAAGCGAUUGCCAGGCAGGCCAAAGAAGAAACCAGUGGAGCCCCGCAUUACCAGUAAAAGAGCAGUUCGUUGUAGCAAAUGUAGAGGAUAUGGACACUACAAGCAAACUUGCACAACAUCUAUUUAGAAAAAUGCAUAUCUGUCAUUAGGUAAAAUAAUUAGUUCUACUUGUUUGUAGAAUGAUUUUUUUUCUUUUUUUAUUUUCUUUCAAGGGUUGGAAGCCAUUUGGGGUUGAAGCUUCAUUUCAUGGAGGAAGCCUAAAUUGGUACUCUGUAGAUAUGGAAACUUUUUAAGAUGAUGGAAGCCUAGUAUAUUCUUACUGGUUCUUGAUAAUAGUUCAACUGAUUUUGUAGGUGAAUUAA